GAAUCACGUCGAUCAAGUGCACUGUCUCUCGAAUAAAAUGUCCCAAGUAUUCUCGGACGCUGACAUCGAAGAGGAGCAAAAACAUUUCUCUAAUGUCAUCGCGACAUUUCAACAAUAUGCCCAAUACACGCUAGCGGCCAAUAACAGGCGACGAAAAGACAUAUAUACACUUCCUCAGGGUGACAAAGAACUUCUCGAUGACCUUGGGUACCGACGGAAACUUCAAGAAGUGGAUAGAGCUAUCCUCGUCAAUGCAGAAUUCUUGAAGCUGAUUGUUGCAAACCCCGAGAUCUUCGGUCACGAUCUCGACUCUCAUGAAGAUGCAGAUGAGGAUAAGGCUGGUUCGGGGGCUUUUCACGACCACCCGCAUGGUGACGUGCAUUCACAUUCUCAUAGCCACCCACAUCACCGACACAGUCACUCGCAUGACCAUGCAAAUGUCUCCCCAGAUUCCAGAGUUGUUAGUAAGCCUCAUCAGGGAAAGUAUAGACCUACGGACUUCGACAUGGACAAAUUGCGGAGCACUCUGAAGCAGUUCGUACGAGACUGGAGCGAGGAGGGUAAAGAAGAACGGGACACGUGUUAUACGCCAAUGAAAGACGCGCUUGUUGCGCAUUUCUCGGACAAACCAUCCCCGGAGUCAAGAAAAAACAUCCGGGUACUCGUUCCUGGUGCAGGCCUUGGCCGGUUGGCUUAUGAUGUUGCAAAUUUAGGGUUCGCUUGUCAGGGAAAUGAAUUCUCUCACUACAUGCUUUUGGCAUCUUAUCUUAUCUUAAACAGGACUGACGCAAUGGGGCAAUACACCAUAUACCCUUAUGUCCAUUCUUUCUCCAACCUUCCUAACCGUGAAGCGAUGUUACGCCCAGUGAAAAUACCCGAUGUCCUUCCCUCGGCCCUACCAGGCGGCUCGAAUUUCUCCUUGGUUGCGGGCGAUUUCGAGGAGAUUUAUGGAGCAGAAUACGAGGAAGGCGAUUUCGAACCACAGGCGGGGCAAUGGGACGCCGUUCUGACAUGUUUCUUUAUUGACACUGCAAAGAAUGUUAUCAACUACCUUCGUAUAAUUCACAGGAUUUUAGCACCUGGUGGAGUGUGGAUCAACACAGGCCCGUUGCUCUGGCACUUCGAAAACAAUGCGACCAACGACCCAUCGGUUGAACUCGAUCUCGAAGAAGUUAAAAUGUUGGCUCAAAAGAUCGGCUUCGUGAUAUCUAACGAGCGAACGAUAGACACGACAUAUACAAGUAAUUCCAAGUCUAUGUUGGGAUACGUUUACAAAACUGCUUUCUGGACGGCGACGAAGGCCUAAUGAUAGAUGCGACAUUAGUGCUUCUCUCGUUUGUUGAAUGAUACGUGUUGCUGUGGCGCAGCCUUAUGUACGUAAAAUGGUGACGACUCAGAUGAAGCGUGCAAGAUACGUGCGUCUAUUUGUUGUCAUCUUAGCUCCAGAAUUAGCAGUCAUCUUGCAGUUCUUCAUAUGCUCUGAGAUAGGUAUUUCCUGCGAUGACACGGUGCCCCGCUUUGAUGUCUUGCUGCAUCAUCAUCUCUCACU